AUGGCCAACAAGAAACUCAAGGAAGGAGUCAAGACUGAGAACAAAGAUCAUAUUAAUUUGAAUGUUGCUGGGCAGGAUGGUUUUGAGGUGCAGUUUAAGAUUAAGCGGCAUACACCACUUAGUAAACUCAUGAAAGCCUAUUGUGAUCGACAGGACACACUUGCACAGUUGGAAAUGGAAGAUGAAGAUACAAUUGAUGUAUUCAAGCAACAGACAGGAGAUGUAUACUAA